AUGGUAUACUCUUCUGAAAACGCAAAAUGGAAAGCCUACCAAUUUGGUGAUCCUUUUGCUACGGGAGCAUUUUACGUUUGCAAUAAGGUUGCCAAGGUUUUUUGUCGGCCAGAUUGUGACGCUCGUCCGGUAACCAAUCUUAAACUGGAAAUUAAAUUUGUUGAUACUCCACAUGAUGCCAUUGCUAAUGGUUACGUUGCCUGUGCGCACUGUGAACCCUUGUCGCAUCCGGCUGUUGACAUCAAGUUUUUGGUACAAUGUGUGGCUUCUAUAAACGAACUGAUUGGGUUUCUUCCGCCACUCCUUGAUGAAAACGAGGACAUGAACGACCAGCUUAUCAAAGAGAAUAUUAUGGAAACAAAGAAAAGUAACAAGGAGAUUAUUAUUCAAACGAUCAAUGCUCGCAGGUCAUCUUACCCAUCUAUAAACAUCGAUAAUGGGUCCAAGGAAUUUGAAAACUCAUCGUUAUCCAAAAACGAUUCUGACCAUUACCGUCUCGUGGACCUCGCAUGCCGCCAUUUGGCUCUUGCUGCUGCCAUUAACAUCUUUGCUCCAGCUCCAAAAAGCCCCAGAUCUCCAGAAGACACUAAGGGGAAGCGCAGGAGAAGAGGCGGUGUGCUCGGAUUCAAAGAAUUAGCAGCUAAGUCAAAACUUUCCGCAUGGCAUUUUCACCGGGUUUUCAAGUCGGUUACUGGAUUGACCCCAAAGACUUAUGGUGACAAAUGCUGGGAAUACCUUAAAAACAUCAAGGAUGAACAGAGCGACAUCACCCCACCAUCGUCGUUACUGUCGAUAAGUGGCAUGACUCGUCAGCGUGACGACUUUGCCUCGUCCAGCACCAGCUCUCCAUCCGCUGAACCAAGCCCAAAGAGAGUCAAAAUAGAAAGUUCUUCUCCCGCAUUUACCAAUGCUCCUGCUCCGUUCAACAAUACCCAAUUGAACUGGGAUAUCCCCGAAUUGUCUCCAACUUUGGGUAAACAAGACUUUACCAUGCCCCAAACCACAUUUGAUUUCAGCUUUGACUUGAAAACUGAACAACCGGACUUGAACUUGAGUUUGAAACCCGAACCUUCGCAAAUGACUGAUUUUGAUACCGAAGUUCCAAACUAUGUUAAAUCGGUGUCUGUUCCUGACUUGACCAAGUACAACCCCACACCACCAUCGUUAUUCUCCCAUUCCAAACCACACACCAUUUCUCCUUCGUCAGAAAGCCUGCCCAUGACGUUGACUGCACCAUCUUCCGAUAAAUUGACAAUGCCUACCAUGGACCCAACAUACAACAUGAUGAUUCCCGAACUUAAUGACAAGAACGACGAUCCUGUUAUUGACGAACUUUACAACUUUCCUCUCAGCUUUGAAAUUGAGGGUAAUGGGCUUGACAUCUUGCCCGAAUUCAUUUCCACUCCCGCUAUAUAG